AUGCCUAACCAUGUUGUCCUGGCAUCAGGUGCCGUAGUCGCCGUUUCGGUCGCCGUCGCCACAGCUGUCGCAAUCUACGAGUCGCCCGAGGUGCGACGAUACGCCGACGAUGUUCGCCGGCGGAUAGCUUUUGCUCUGCACUCCUUGGGCGAGGGCAUCGACCCCCCUCACCGAGAGCCCAUCUUUAACAGGCCCGAAGACGCCGACGGCUUCCUCGAGUCCCGCCGAGGCCCUGGCGCCGAGUCUGGUGUCGAUGCUGAUGAGGAGACCCGCCGGAGGCAGCGCGAGGAGCUGCUGUAUUGGAAUUCCGUUAUGCUAGAGAAGCAGAAGGAGAAGGAAGCUCUCGCAGCAUCACGGCCCGCAACCACCGAGUCUCGCCCCCGAGGAUCGUCCUUUGACGAUUUUCUCCGCCAGGAUGAGGGAGCUGAACGAGGGACCUACGUCUUCAACACCGGUGCUGACGUUCGAGGUACCGACGACGGCCUGCGACGUCGUGGGGAGCAAUCUCGUUUCCUCACGUCCGUUUACUCCAACCCGUUUGCGGAUGAAUAUCACAUCGAUGCCCAAGAGAUGCAAGAUGAGAUGGAAGCUAGCCGCCACAUUUCCCCUGCCGCCGAUGAAAUCUCCGAUAUCUACAGCGCUACCACCCGCGACCAGGACGAGAAGACUCCUGCUAUUGACGCUCCUCUCGCCGAGAUCGACCCUAUUCCCGCUCCCUCUGAGACCGCUACCUCCGCCACCCUCGAGCGCGAACUUGGUCCUAAUGAGUUCAUGACCGCCGGUCAGGAGGAUCGUGAGGAUGCCUACGCCUCCAUUCAGGCCUGGGCCCAGAACUCGAGCCCCGAAUUCUACUCUCCCCUCCCCGUCACCCCCACUGCUUCCAUGUCUGAGCCUUCGGUCAUCAGCGACGACGGUAUGCUGACACCCACUGAUUCCGUGUCCAUCAUUGGAUCUGGAGAUGAUAUUGCCAGCGAUGCGCAGUCAUCUCACGAGGGCGAGACUGGCCGGUACUACGAUGUGAUGAGCGAGAGUUCUGGCAUGGCCACCCCCGCCAGCUGGUCUGAGGUCGGCAGCGUCAUCAGCGAGAGCGACGCUCCCCUUCCUGUUCGUUCUUAA